GUUUACCUGAUUCACAUGUGAGGUUGGUGAAAAGCAUCAUCAACCUAUUAUUGGCGUUGGCAUCAAUAUACUCUGCUUAACCAAAGCUUUGAUGUUUUUAGUAUAUAUAAAUAUGUGCACACGUCUGUGAUUGUUGAGGGGGUUGUGAGUUGUUGAAGCUUUCGCGUGUGUGUGUGUGUGUGUGCGCCUGUGGUUUUUUUUUUUCUUCCUAUGGGACAGCUAUGUGUGUGUGUAUGUAGCAGUUGUGUUGAGACUAGUGAUUUAGGGGGUGGGGGGUUGCAUUAGUGUAUUGGCUACAUUAACAACAGUAGAGGCUAAGAAAAGUUGAGGCCUGUCUUUAUUAGAGAAAUAAACUAUGUGUAGAUAGAUGAGUGUCUUUAUUAGAGAAAUAAACUAUGUAAAGAAAGAGGGGGAGAAUGAGUAGUAGAGUACCCUCCUUAUAUAUUUGAUUCUUGUUCACUAAUUCCUAUACAUCCUCAUCACAAAAUUGUUCACUCUUUCUUCCUUUUGUCUGUCCUAUCAUUUCCCUGUGGCUAGAGACACUACUCAAGCAUUUAGAAAAUGGCGACCAAGAAACCAAAAGUUGUGAUAAUAGGGGCAGGAAUGGCAGGUAUUACAGCAGCUAACAAGCUGUACACAGCUGCAGGCUCUAAACAAUUGUUAGAGCUGUGCGUUGUGGAGGGUGGUAAUAGGAUUGGUGGAAGGAUUAAGACCUCAGAGUUUGGUGGCAGCAGGAUUGAGAUGGGUGCUACUUGGAUCCAUGGAAUUGGGGGUAGCCCUGUUUACAAGAUUGCUCAGGAUAUUAACUCACUGGAAUCACAGCAGCCUUGGGAGUGUAUGGAUGAGUUCUUGGAUGAGCCAUUGACUAUUGCUGAAGGAGGACAUGACCUCAAUUCUUCCAUUGUUGAGCCCAUAUCCAAUCUUUUCAAGAAGCUCAUGGAUUUUGCUCAGGGGAAGGCUAUUGACGAUGGGGUGUGCAGUGAAUUUGCUCAAAGUUACAGAUCCUCCAAUGACAAUCUCAGUAUUGGUUCUUUCCUAAGGAAAGGGCUUGAUGCUUAUUGGGGUUCAAUGAAGGACCAAGAGGGAAUUGAUAACUGGAGCAGAAAAUCACUGGAGGAUGGCAUUUUUGCAAUGCUUGAGAACACACAAAGGACUUACACGUCAGCUGGUGAUUUGCACACUCUAGAUUUCAAUGCAGAAAGCGAAUAUCGUAUGUUUCCUGGGAAGGAGAUAACCAUUGCCAAAGGCUACUCUACUAUAGUUGAAUCUUUGGCAUCUGUUCUGCCAGCUGGUUUGAUUCAAUUAGGCCGAAAGGUCACCAGAAUUGAAUGGCAGCCUGAUGAUGGUGGUUACCACCAACCAUUAGAUGUCGAAAAUGGCGAUGAUACUAAGCCAGUAACGCUACAUUUUUAUGAUGGGUCAAUCAUGUAUGCUGAUCAUGUCAUUGUCACAGUCUCACUUGGGGUUCUAAAACGAGAGAUUCGCGAUGAUUCUGGUAUGUUUAGUCCUCCGCUUCCUAGUUUUAAGACACAGGCAAUCUCAAGGCUUGGUUUUGGUGUUGUUAACAAGCUAUUCUUGCAAUUAAGUCCAACCAAAGAUGAAGAUGGCUAUGAUGCCAUGAAGUUCCCAUACUUGCAGAUGGUCUUCCAUCAGUCAGACUCAAAACUAAGGCAUCCAAAAAUCCCCUGGUGGAUGAGGAGAACAGCUUCUUUAUGUCCAAUCUAUGGCAGCUCAAAUGUUCUAUUAUCAUGGUUUGCAGGCGCAGAAGCUCUUGAACUCGAAUCUCUUGGUAAUGAAGAGAUAGUUGAUGGGUUUUCGACAAUGAUCUCCGAUUUCCUAGUAAACUCAAAGCAUCUCAACAAGUUGUACAAUGGGCAUGCAGAAAGUUGUUUCAUUUUUGAUAAGGUUUUAAAGAGCCAAUGGGGUACUGAUCCACUCUUCUUGGGGUCAUAUAGUUAUGUAGCAGUUGGAUCAAGUGGAGAUGAUUUGGAUACUAUGGCUGAGCCAUUGCCAAAAAGGACCAAUUAUAGUUGUAAUUCAAAGGGUUCCCCUCCACUUCAAAUUCUAUUUGCAGGGGAAGCAACACAUAGAACCCAUUAUUCAACAACUCAUGGUGCUUAUUUUAGUGGCCUAAGAGAAGCCAAUAGGCUCCUUCAGCACUAUCACUGUAUUGAUAUAUGAAAAAAGGUUUGUUGCCAUAGAUAUUAGGCAAAAUUUUUAUUUACUUAUUGGUUUUUCUUUUAUAUUUUUUGUUGUGAUCAUCAUCACUUCCUCUUUAUUUUUUUUCUAUAGUCCUUUGGAGAAAGAUGUUUGUUAUUAAAUUCCUCUGUAUGAUUGGAGUUUGAGGGAGAAAAGGGGAACAGUAAGAGGUUGGGAAGGAAAUUAAGUGAAAGGGUGAGAAGGGGACAUAUCCUUGAUGUACUCCUACUAAUGAAUGAAUUAAAGAAGCUUCUUUUCAUUGUGCUA